AUGGACACACAAACAGAGUUACCGCACAUAAUUAAACACAAGACUGUUGGCGGAAUGACAGAAGAAGCGAACGACAAGGCCGACUCCCAGAACGUCGACGAAAGCGCGCUGCAUGCCAGCGCGGAAGAGAGCAGUAGUUCAGAAUCAGUCGCGCAGCGGACAAAGUUAUGCGCUGUUUGCCACGAAAAUGAAUCGAAAUACAAGUGCAGCACAUGCUAUUUACCAUAUUGUGGAGUACCAUGUUUGAAAAUUCAUAAAGCAACCCAUACAGAAGACGAAGUCCGACCAAUCCCCACUCCACGGGAACCUAUGCCUACCCUCUCUGAUGGACCUGCUCCCAGGGCUGGUACUGUCGCUGCGGCAAAUUAUCAAGGCCCUUUCGCGGCACUAGAUGCUUCCGAGGACCUUCAAGUACUGUUCAGGACAUACCCUCGUCUCAGCGCUCAGCUUCAUAUGAUCGAUGCCGCAACCCAGCCACCUACAAAUCAGAAUGGCUACAACCAUGAUGGGAAGAGAAAACAGAAAUGGACAAGUGAUAUAGGGACGCAAAGGGGUGUUGAUGCCUUACACCAAGCCAAAGAGGCAGAGGGCAAAGAUGGGGAAGGCGUGAGAGAGUAUUACAAAUUAGUACUGCAAAUUCUAUCAGGAAAUUCUGAGGUUGAUGCCCGGGAGAUCAUUCAGAAUGAAAUUGCCGAGCAGAAUGCGCAGAUGAUAUCGGAUCUUCUGAACAAUGAGGUCGUGUGA